CUCACCUCUUGUUGAUUUGAAGUUUUUUGCAAAGUUAAACAUUUAAUUAAAUUAUAUGUAUUAGUAUUUUUGAUACUUUUCUUGCAAUCAACAGGUUACUUUAUUUUGAGUGGUGAAAAUUGCAAAACUGGAUAAGCUGACUUGCAAAUAUUUUAUGUACAGAACUUCAUAAUAAUAAGCAAUCAUGUAUAGGACUUUGGCAGUAUCAGUAAAGAACGGAGUUCAAAUUAUUCGCUUGAACCGUCCUGAGAAACGUAAUGCCAUAAAUACUGAUAUGUACGCAGAAAUACCUAAGGCCUUACAGGCUGGUGCAUUAGAUGAUAAUGUUGUUGUAACAGUAAUGACGGGAACUGGAGACUACUAUUGUAGUGGUAACGACCUUAAUGGUUAUCUCCAGUGGGAUGGCAACAAUUUAGAAAAAAUAGUCAAAGAGUCAGCUAAGAACUUACAGGCUUACGUUCAAACAUUUAUCGACUUUCCAAAGAUAUUAAUUGCUGUUGUCAAUGGUCCAGCUGUGGGGUUGGCCACAACAACUCUUGCAUUGUUUGAUUUGAUCUACUCAUCUAAAACAGCUACAUUUUCUACUCCGUUCAUCGCAUUGGGUCUAACCCCUGAAGGUUGCUCAUCCUAUACAUUCCCGAAAAUAAUGGGCAGUACAAGAGCAGCUCAGGUUCUACAUUUUGGUAAAAAACUUACUGCUAAUGAAGCAUUGGAAUGGGGCUUUGUAUCGGAGCUUUAUGGCCCUGAGGAAGGGAGUGCCGUUUGGGAUAAGAUUUAUAGCAUUGCUCAGUUACCAACUAAAUCUCUCAUAUACAGCAAGAGGCUUCUUCGUUCACAAGAUCAUGCUGCCCUUACAGUAGCAAAUCAAAAGGAAUGUGAACAAUUAAUGGAGCGCUGGCAAUCAGAAGACUGUAUGAAUGCUGUCGUGAAAUUUUUCUCGCAAAAACGCAGUAAGUUGUGAGUGAUAAAAGCAAUGAAGCAAUGGCCGUCUGACCAUCAGCAUCAGCAAUGCAAGCAAUGAGAAUAAAACAAUCGAAACCUAAGGUAAAGACUUCCAAGUCAGAGUUCCUUGUCUGGGCCCUGUAUUCCAGUACAUCACAAUCAAAUUACAGGUAUUUCUUCUUUUCUUUUAACUUCCAUUACUAUAUGCAUAUUUUUAUGAUAUUCUAUGUGAGACAAUUGUACAUAAUGUGUCACAAUUUUAUUUGACCUAUCAUAUGUUUGUAAUUUUUGUUAUCAAUGUUCAUCAAAACAAUAAAAAUAUUUUCUUAUUGGGAAGAA